AGAAGCCAAAGAUGGCGACCGCGACCGCAGCGGGGCUCGAUGGCCUCAGGACGGAGGAGAAGAAGUUCGAGUACUUCUCCUCCAUCAACUCCAUGGCGAGGAAGAUCAUGCAGGAGCGGGAGAAGAUCAAGGAGCAGCACGGAUCCACCUGGGACCGGAUGUCUCCUCAGGAGCAGGACGGCGCCAUCGACAGCUGCAUGAUGGACCCGACCAUCCGAGCCCGCUACGCCAUGCACCGGGUGGAGCGGGACGAGGUGGCCUGCUACCCCAAGCUGCUGCUGCACACCGGCCAGAAGAUGGUCCACUUCGGGGAGGAGGACAUCACCUGGCAGGAUGAACAUUCCGCUCCCUUCUCAUGGGAAACAAAGAGUCAGCUGGAGUUCAGCCUGACUCCGGGCUCGGCCGACCAGGGCGUCUCCGCCUCGCAGCCGGAAUCCAAGUCCAGCAAGGCUCCUCAUUCCAGCCAGAUGGGCCCCAAGGUGACCGUCAGCGAGGGGCGGCGGCCGGAGGAGGAGUCAUCUUUCUGGAAGAUCAGCGCCGAGCGGUCCCGGCUGGAGGGCGAGCAGGCCGACUUCCAGUCGCUGACCCCGAGUCAGAUCAAGUCCAUCGAGAAAGGAGAGAAGCCCCUCCCCUCCUACCUUCGACAGGAAUCCUCCGCCCCCCCCAAGGAGCCCGAGGCAGCCGAGCCCCCCCCUCCAGCUCCAACCAAACCGGCAAAGCAGAAAGCGCCCCGGCCCCCCGCCCCCCAGCCGCCGGCCCCCAUCACGCUCAGCGCCCAGCCGGCGUCCAUCUCCAUCUCGUCGAAGCCCGCCCCCCCGCUCAGCGUGUCCUCCACCGUGGCCGGGUGGGAGCGGUCCCAGAGCACGCUGCCCUCCGUCAGCAACACCCUGGAUGAGAUGAUCUCCUCCAACCUCAUAUCCAAGCCCGCCAACGCCCCCCCCCGGGUGGAGAGGGAGAGGCAGCGGGAGGUGGUAGCUCCGCCCAACCCGGACCUCAGCCCCACCUUCUGUCAGUUCAACACAAGCAACAACAUCCUGAAGACCGGAUUCGACUUCCUAGACAACUGGUAAACCGCGGCCGAGCUCAUCCGCCGCUCUGAAUGAAUCAUCGUCACUCUGAAGAAAGGACCACGUUGCCAUGACUACAGACAUCCACAUCUAGAUUUAAAACCACACCAGUCUUUACAGUCCACCACAUUAUGUUCUAGUAAUCAUCUCCAGUGGCUUGUUAAGACAUUAUCUCACUGCCUGUGCGCCGGGGUUUACCCCCCCCCCCCCCCCCCACUAGAAGAGCUCCCUCUCUCCGCUCUGUUUGCAUCUUCUGCACGAAACACCUUCUGUCCACGGAAUGUAGAGUUAGCAGAGAUAGAAGCUCACAGGAGCUGGACGCUGCUCGUCACUGUGCAUUCACACUGCGAUCCACUCGGGGAAAGUUUGAUUUUUGAUCAAAUCAUUUCCCCGGAUGUUUAAAAUCCAAACAAAACAAAACCAAAUGCUAAAGUGCAGAAGUUUCUUUUCAAGUUGCUAGUCAACAUUUAUUUAUUUAGCUUGUUUGAAACAACCAUCGUUUACCAAAGUGCUGAACCGGCUUCAAACGAAAAAGGAAAGAAUAUAAUAAAUGGAUGGUUUCAAUCCGACUUUUAAAGUUUAGAUACCAGAGUUUUCUAUUGAAUUGUCUAAUUUCGUAACUGGGUUUUAUACGAGACGUUUGAAGUGGCAAACGGCUUCUACGCAGCUGAUUCAACUUUUCUCUGCUUUUCAUAUGGAGCAAGGUUUAAUUAACUUGUCCGGCUUGCGAGCCACAAUUAUAAAGAUCUAAAAAAAAUAGCAGGAAACCUGAACCUAACAUCACUAACCAGCAUAACCAGUGACGGUUGCUACUGCUCCCUUCCCAGUGAAUGGUGUGUCAUCUUUGCCGUACUGUAAUCUUUCAAUUAUAACUUUUAGAAAAGGGAAACUUAAAGCUCGCCAUGUGGAUGCACAGUGAUGUCGUUACCAUGCCGCCUUCUUAUAGACGCUAAUCCAGGAAGAGAGAACAGUUUUGUACCAAGGGCAUGGAACCGUUGAUGUGUCUGUGCAAACUCUUUAGACUGUUUUGUUGUGCAGAUUCUUUACUCUCUGAUGUGCUUUUAUUUAUAUCUAUAUAUAUUCCUAUAAACCUUUUUAGAGCUAUAGAGUUUAGUCGUGCUCGGUGCUGCAGUCCCGGCCCAGUUCCUGGAAUAGUGUUUACGCUUGGAAGAGGAUGACGGGAUGGAGGAGCUCGUUGAAUCUUCACCGUCCCGUAACAGAAAUACUGUGGAAUGAAUUUCCAUUUUCACACAUUAGAUGGAAACCAGGCGGCUGCUCUCUUUGGAAUUAAGCGAAAAAUAGAACCAGGAGGGAAGAGCAGCCGUGGAAAAGCUCGGACUUUUGUCGUGGAAAACACAUGGGAUGGUGUGUCCUGGUUGCCAUGGGAACCCAUUCCAAAUGCCCUGUGUGGAGUCAUCUCCUUGACAACGCUUCCUCACCACCUCACCCCUCCCGGCUUUCACCCCCGACCUCAACCGAGUAUGAAGAUCACACGCACCCACACGUGUGUGUUUAGGCCGACCGGCAGGCUUGUAGUGAUUUGUGACAGUUUUCACAACUAGAGUACUAUUUUAAUGAAUUUUAUAUUUAUCCGCUGAUUGUAUCUUUAUGCUACACAUGUAUAUUGCACUCAUGCAUUUUGAAGUCACAGAUCCGAGAGAAGUUAAUAAACGAAAUUGUCAAACUUG